AUGGUGGAUGAUGCUGUUGGAGGGAAAGUGACAGAUGCAAGGACUCUAGCGAUAAAGGGAUUAAACAACACACCCCCUGAUGAUGGGAUAACAGAAGCGAGUCAGUACAGAGCAAAUUUAGUGGAAGGAAUUGCUGGAUUUUCGGCAGGCUUUACAACUACUUUGGUGUCACAUCCAUUGGACUUUAUGAAACUUCGAAUGCAGCUUGAUAAAACGUCACCGUCACAAUGGAAGGCCGUCAAAAAUAUAAUCAGCCAUCUUUUACUUACUUCGACUUCUGCCGAUGGGAAGGUUCAUGGCUUGAGUGUAAUAAAAAAUGUCUACAGAGGAGUUGGACCAAAUCUAGUGGGAUCUACAGCAGCAUGGGCACUUUAUUUCUCUUUUUACAGAGAAUAUAAGGACUUAAUCUUGAAGUAUACCGAUAGCACAUUCAAUGACUCAAACCUUAAUUCGGCCGAAUAUUUACUGAGCGCCUUUGGGGCUGGCUGGACAACCUCUAUUCUUACAAAUCCGAUAUGGGUCAUUAAAACAAGAAUGAUUGCGACAUCUAGACAGGCACCUGGAGCAUAUACUUCUAUUAUUGAUGGAAUCAAGCAGAUUUACCGCUACGAAGGCUUCGUAGGCUACUACAAAGGACUUUCACCCGCUUUACUAAACGUUUCUCAAGGGGCACUUCAAUUUUCAAUAUAUGAUACAUUCAAACAUCAUUUUAUCCUUCGGAAAGGAAGCCCAGAACGAAAAUUGACGACUUUCGAGUAUUUAUACUCUAGUGCAAUAUCUAAAAUAACAGCAACUAUGACGCUUUAUCCUCUACAAGUGAUACGGUCAAGAUUACAGGUUAACAAUGGUCUAAGGACAAUUUCUGCACGUCAACUUGUAUAUAAGAUUGCUAAAGAGGAAGGCCUAAAAGGAUUCUACAAGGGCUUACUUGCGAAUAUUAUUAGAGUUGUUCCGGCCACCUGCAUUACAUUUACAGUUUAUGAAGAGACAAGGGCUUCACUCACAUUAUGA